AUGACUUUUGUAGCAGCUCUCCAACGGCAAGAUGAGUCACCACCGGGAGUUUCCACCGGCGACGCCACGGCGGUUCUUUCCAGUUACCCCAGCGGUCCAAAACUCGAAAACUUCCUCGGCGGUGGAGCCACAACUACAAGACCAAUGCAACAAGUGCGUUCUCUAGGCGGCAGUGUCUUCUCUUCCGAUCUACAGCCACCGCAUCAUCCUCCUUCCGCCGCCGAGAUCUACGACUCUGAGCUUAAAUCAAUAGCUGCUAGCUUCCUUGGAAACUAUUCCGGUGGACACUCAUCGGCUGAAGUCUGUAGUGGAUAUAAGCAACAACAUAACCCUCUAGUUGUCUCAGAGGUUUCUCCAACUCCAAAGAAGAACGUAGAGAGUUUCGGUCAACGUACUUCGAUUUAUAGAGGAGUCACAAGGCAUAGAUGGACUGGAAGGUACGAAGCUCAUCUAUGGGAUAACAGUUGCCGAAGAGAAGGCCAAAGCAGAAAAGGAAGACAAGGUGGUUAUGAUAAAGAAGAGAAAGCAGCUAGAGCUUACGACCUUGCAGCUCUUAAGUAUUGGGGUCCUACAACUACGACUAAUUUCCCCAUAUCAAAUUAUGAGUCUGAACUUGAAGAGAUGAAACACAUGACUCGACAAGAGUUCGUUGCUUCUCUAAGACGAAAAAGCAGUGGAUUCUCUAGGGGUGCCUCCAUGUAUAGAGGCGUCACUAGACAUCAUCAACAUGGUCGAUGGCAAGCGCGAAUAGGAAGAGUAGCAGGCAACAAAGACCUUUACCUUGGGACAUUUAGCACUCAAGAGGAGGCUGCAGAAGCUUAUGAUAUAGCAGCGAUUAAAUUCCGUGGUCUAAACGCAGUCACCAACUUUGAUAUCAGUCGCUAUGAUGUCAAAUCGAUCGCUACCUGUAAUCUCCCUGUGGGUGGACUUAUGCCAAAACAGCCUCCAGAAACAGCAACCGCUGACAAAGCCAUUGAUCUAUCUCCAUCCGAUCCUCUGCCUCUAACCACAUCAUCGCUCACCUUCAAUGUGGCAACGCCGGUCCAUGAACAUGGAGGAACUUUCUUUCAUACUGGUAUACCGAUCAAACCAGACCCAGCUGAUCACUACUGGUCCAAUGUUUUUGGAUUCCAGGCAAACCCAAAGGCAGAGAUUCGACCAAUAGCAACCUUUGGGUCGGAUCUCCACAACCCUUCUCCGGGUUUUGCUAUAAUGCCGGUGAUGCAGGAAGGUGAAAACAACUUUGGUGGUGGGUUUGUCGGGUCCGAAGGGUAUAAUAAUCACUCUGCUGCAUCAAGCCCGGUCACGGCAGUUCCCUUGUCCUCGACAACAACAAUAGGUAACGGUAACGAAGGGUAUGUUGGGAAUAUAAACUGGAUUAAUAACAACAUUUCAAAUUCUUACCAAACUGCAAAGGCAAAUCUCUCUGUUAUGCAGACACCGGUUUUUGGAUUGGAAUGA